GCUAACUUGGCCUUGAAAGGGGCAAAUGAAAAGCCAUCCUGGACCAUUUAAUGUUUCUUCCUUUCCCCCCCUCACACCUAGACACAACAACAAUCCAAUUUGUCAGAGUUGUAAGGAAGAGGAGCCUGGUACCAUCAAUGAAGAAGGUUUAUUAUCAGUUGAAAAGGCUUUUAGUGAUGCUGCCAUUAACAAGGAGAUUUCAGAACUCCCCGUGCAUUGUGGGAUCCCUGGAUGCAACUGGACAGGUGUUAUGAAGAGUUUGGAAGAUCAUCAGAGCACAUGUGAAUACGCCCCGAUCCCCUGCCACGUUGGGUGCGGCGAGGUGGUGAUGAGAAAAAAGCUUGCAGAACACCUGCAGAAUGACUGCCCAAAUGCCAUCCCGUCCUCCGACUGUAACCAGAAGGUCUCUGGUAGCAAGCACCAAAAUCGUUCCAUGGUUUCCGUCAGCGAGAAAAGUUGUCGCUUUUCCAGGAUCGGGUGUCCGUUCAAGGGCGAUACAGAAGACAGAAACAGUCAUGAGAAAAAUGCAGCAGCGCUACACUUAGCGCUCUUGCUUCAACACAUAAAGCAACUGAGGGAAAGCUUGUGCCCUGCAGACGGCAGAGGUAACGCACACUUAACCGACUCCAACGUUUUGACGGGGAUCUUCAGCGUGCAGCUUCAGGGGGCCUUGGAAGUGGACCGGUACUCCAGGCUGCCUUUAUACGAGGAAGGAACGAGCUGGCGAACCCACUCACAGGGAGAGAAUGGCGUCUCCUUGCUGGAGAGGAAGCUGCGGGUGUGCCAAGACAUUGCAUCUGUGUUGAGCAAGGAGAUGGCUACUUCCCGCCAGACCAUCAUGGCCUUCCGGGGCCUGAACCUGGAUAUGAUUCAUGGCCUGGAACUGAAGGCUGCAGAUCUCCAGCAAUGCCUUGCGCAGAAGGAGGCGGCCCUUGGCCGGCUCGAGGAGAGACUCCGCUUGUGUGAGCAGGCUUCCUACGACGGCAUCUUUCAGUGGAAGAUCACAGACGUGCACCGGAAGUGGUAUGAAGCCGUGUGUGGGAAGACGUGCAGCUUCCAGUCUCCUGCCUUCUACACUUCGCGAUACGGUUACAAACUCUGCAUGAGGAUUUACCUGAACGGUGAAGGGAGGGAAAAGGGGACGCACGUCUCGCUCUUCAUUGUGCUCCUCAGAGGUGACUAUGAUGCUCUGCUCCAGUGGCCUUUCACGCACAAGAUCACCUUUAUGUUGCUCAGUCAAAACGACGGAGACCAUCUUCUAAAUGCGAUCCAACCAGAUCCAGCAUCCACUUCGUUUCAGAGGCCUGUGACUGACAUGAACGAUGCCAGUGGCUGUCCCCGGUUCAUUUCUUUGGCCAAAUUACGGUCACCCAAAUAUGCCUAUAUAAGAGACGGUUCCCUUUUCCUCAAGUGUGUCGCAGAAGACAGGUCAUGAACCCUCUUAUCGGAGCUGCGGGGAAAUUGAGGGCUGCAUUGGACAAUCUUAUGUGCAGGAGGGCUGAUUUGCCCCUGCGGCAGGGCGCAUUUGCGCAUUGCAGUUCUUGGUCGUGAUAACAGGGCACAGCUACAGUGGGAAGCAAUCAUCUUCGGGCUGAAAAUUACAGAUGAGGGUGCCCCCAAAUUUCUGUCUCCAACCUCCCAUUUCUGUGUUG